CUUGUAUGCAUGUUUCAAAUUUGAACAACAAUCGUUUCAUAUCCAACGAAAGCCAGGUUGGAUUCGUACGCUAAACUACCUCGGCAAACGAUAUAACGGUAAAACGUAAACGCGCGACAUCCGGUAUCGCCCCUCGUCCGGUCCGGCGAGCCCGAAGCAUUUUUUUCGGAUUUUGGGGCGAAACCAGCCCAUAGUGACCUAUAUGCCCGCAGGAGCUUCCUCGCAAUAGUAAUGGCACACCGCCGUCCGAGUUAACCUACGGAGCAUAUAUCAAGCGUCAUUCUGUACCGGACCCAACUUGUGCCGAAAAUGAACAGCCGGCGGCUAGCCUAACCGGCGAAUCGGAUGGCCUUUGCAGUUCUAUGGUGUCUGUUCGUAUGCAUGAAAUUGAUAACUACUGGCGAGUAGUCCGAGGCGAAGAAAAGAAUGCGGAAGGAAUUGGAUAUCCAAACUGAUUCUAGCCCCCAUUUUGACGAUAUCUUGACUCACUGCGCGGGGGAUCUCGGGUUCCUAGCGGCUGCGCCGUCCGUCCUAUGAAGACACCCAAGAGGUUGGGGGAAGAGAGGAUCUAGGGGAUUCUCGAGAGCUAUGAUGAAUGAUUGCCUAAUCCAUUGACUAAUAAAUAUCUUAAUAAACUGCUCACCAUAUCUAUCUGCAUUCUAGGUCGAAAAGAGGAGGUUCAGCCUAUGAAGCAGAAACGGACCUUUGCACGAUUAGCAUGUAGAUGAAUUUUUAGUCAAUGGCGAGGGACAUUUGGAAUAACUUACGCUUUCCAAGACUCCACCCAAUUUUAAACAGAAACGGAUGUCGAAACUUCAAGUUUCAGCAGAAAAACAAUAUGAUUUGCGAAAACUUCAGAUGAGUUCCAAGUUGAUCACUCCGGGGUGUCUCUUCUAACAUCAACGCAGAAACAGGUGCUUCAAAUGGCAAUCGAAGUGCCCUGUCAAUUUAUCAGCCAGACUCAUAUCCGAUGACAUUCACCUAACGGGGAUCAGAGCAGCAGCAAAUGCAAAUCAGCUUUGCCAGGGAGUUGAAUCCGGCAGUCAUUAGUAAUUACCGAACUAUUCAACAGGGGGGCUCUGAAACAAACGGCAAAGAACAAAGGAAAGAGAACAUGGGUACUUCUUUGUCAGAGUUCUGAACCUCUUGUUUGGAACCUAUCCUUACUAGUGUUGGCGCCCUGGAAUAGCGAUGUCGGGGGUAUCCCCCUGUAGUGUAGUGAUACUAAAAAAGGUGAUGAUUAUUUUUGUUGGAGCCGAUAUGUACUGCGUAGGUGUUUUUGAAGGCCUGAGGUUCACGCCAUCUGAAGGGGGGGGAGGGGGGAACAAUAUGUCCAACAAACCGAACCCAAAAAGCUAGGGCCAGAAGGUCUCAAACUCCUUUGCACAUGGGUGUUUGCUUUGCUGGUCUCGAUUAUUAUUACUAAUUUGUUGGAGGAUUUGGAGACAAGAAAUAAAUGGGGAAUUCUGCUGAUGAGUGAGUUGGUUGAUAUGUAACGUGAACAUCACUGGGCCAGCAGCCUGGGCCAUGUUGCAUUAUGAGUGAGCUUUGUGCUCAUCUUGUGAUUGCGAAAUUCGCUGCAAGAAUGGGGGAUCCAAGCAGCCGGAGGAUUGAGAUAGUAGUAAAAAUGAAAAAUGAAAAACGAAAAAUAAAAAUGAGGCUAAAAAUAAAACAUGAAAAAUAACCAUGUGUUCUGUAGCGAUUCUAUCCUGUUCUGUCCUUUAUUAUUAUUAACUACUGUAUGGACAUGGCCGACGUUACGUUGUUGACUUUGGAGAAGAAUAUAUUAAAUAACUUAUAACUAAACUAGUUAAGUAAAUAAAUAACUUACGGUACGACCAAGAGCGCGGGCAGACUCACAGUCAACCACCAACCACCACCACCACCACCACCACCACCACCAAGCAGCAGGCGACAUACCGCUGCAAACCAGCUUCAGGACAGCACAAUCCUUUAUCUCUCUACCAGAUCAUCCUCUCCUGCUCUCUCUCUCUUCUUAUUCACCAGCUUUUGUGCUGGUUUCGCUACUGCUGUGUCUCUCUCUCCCCGCCAGCGCAAUUGUUCUAUUUCGCUUUCUGCUGCGAGGCCCCCCCCAUCCUGCCCUCCAUAGGGUCACAUCGGUGUAUAAAGCAACCGGUCCCCAUCUCUUGCAAGGUCGUAUCUGCCGACGACCUCCUCCGCUUUUCCUACUUCUACUUCCCAGACGUUCACGGACGAUCAUUCCACGUCUCCGUCAUUUAUCUACAUUAAAUAUUGCCUGUCCUCGCUGUUUCAUCUUUAUCAGUCAUAGUUCAACUAGACGGCACCGUCGGAGGUCUCAACUCGGAGCUUCGAUAGCCGCAUUUUUCAACCCCGCGCAUCUACCCUUUUAACUAAGAAUUUUCUGUUCUGAAGAGUCCUAUCCGCGUCAGUUUGGGGGUCUAACGCUUGCAAUUAAGCUAUUUCGGCUGCGGAACACUUUCUGUUGACUUUCCUUCAACUCCCCCACGCCCGCUGAUUAAACCCCCGUGGUUGCAACAAGUUACAAGUAGUUUGAUAAAAAAUAACCCCGCCUCCUAAUAUUUUUCGAGUUUAGCCCAUUUCCGCCUCUCCUCCUUAUUGUCCUGCGCCUAUUGCUUUAGCCAAGUCCUUUUCCUGCAACAAUCCUGAUAUACUGCGACCUACACCGUUGCGAUUGGAAGAUGUCACAAUAUAGUGUUAUGGAUGACCUUGAUCAUGGUCUAGACCACGAGUCUUACGAUGGCACCUACACUGACCAGGGAAUGGAUAAUGGUUAUACCGGCCAACAAAAUCGCGAAGACACCAUCGAUAGAUUCCUACGACCUCUCAUGGUAUCAGACAACACUCUGCAUGAACUCGCCUGCCGCUUCCGACAUAUAUACCGCGAUCUUGCUCGAACCUCAUCCCAACAAUUUCUACCCACUCCAGUAACAAGACUACCGACCGGUCAGGAAACCGGCAGAUAUUUGGCGAUUGACGUUGGGGGGACAAAUCUUAGAGUGGCUUUCAUUGAACUAUUGGGGGAGUCGAAGGAUGGAGAUGCGACGAACUCCAACUCUCCGACAUCACGUGACACAAUGCGAAGAGCGCAGAGACAACGGGUGAAUCGGACAUUAGAAAAGAUAUGGCCUAUAGGGGAGCAUCUGAAGAGGGACCAGGCGGAAGAUUUGUUCUUAUGGAUUGGCGAUUGUAUGGCGGAGGUGGUGGCGGAAAGCUUAGCGCCGAAUCUGGCGAGCGGUACCCCUAUCCCGGAGGAGCUCGAAAUGGGCAUUACGUUCAGUUUUCCAAUGAUGCAAGAGUCAAUCCAGGAAGCGCGGCUUAUGCCAAUGGGAAAAGGCUUUGCGAUAACUUCAAAUCUCGAUUUAGGCCGUAUUCUGCUGGCGGGCUAUGAUAGGCAUACAAGACGACCAUUUGGAGAAGAAGAGCAGUCGGCUAAGCGACGAAAACGCUUUGCGCUACCAAAACUAAAGAUUGCCGCAAUUACCAAUGAUACAGUUGCUACUCUAGCAUCGCUGGCCUAUCUGGUGAAAUCCCUACCGAACAGCCGUGUUGCGAUGGGUAUAAUUGUUGGGACCGGUUGCAAUGCCACGAUUCCCAUGAGCUUGAAAGAUCUGCACGAAUCUAAGGCAAAACACGUUUCAUCGCGACACCCGGACGCUGUCGAAACGAUAAUUAACACUGAAUGGACCAUUAAUGGUGCUGCACCACCCCUCCGUGAACUCAACAUCACUACAAAAUGGGAUACAAAAUUAGAUGAGGCCUGCGCCCGCCCGGGCUUCCAACCUUUUGAGUACAUGACUGGCGGCCGUUAUAUUGGCGAACUGGUCCGGAUUAUAUUUUACGACUAUCUAACGAACGUAGUUGGUCUAUCGAAGAAGGAACUACCAGCGAAUCUUAUCCAGGAGUACGCUCUCACCACCACCUACCUAUCACAAUCUGUUGCUCAAAUACAAUCGGACUCCGAGCUGGUGCGAUACCUCACGGAAACCUUGCCCCCACCCGAAUCCAGCGAUUGGAGCUGGGAUAAUAAUUCGGCGCGGGCAUUCCGAAGAGUUUCCCAGGUUGUCCAGACACGGUCUGCAGGACUAAUUGCCGCCGCUGUCGUUGGCCUGCUGGCAUGUAAGGGGGAGCUCAAGCUGCGUGAUUACAACGAUCCAACUCCGCGACCAGAACUACACGUUAUGAAUCCGUCCCUCAACAACGGAGCCUCCCCAAACGAUAUCGUAAAUGCCGUGAACUCCAAACUAGCCGCCCAUGGUGCUGCUGCGGCUGGUAAGACUGGUAGCGACGACCGUAGUGUUCCUAUCAUCGACUCCGUGCCAUCUAACUGGCAGUCCGGACCGGAGGAACUAGUUGUCGCGUAUACGGGUGGCAUCAUUCAGCGGUAUCCGCGUUUCAAGGAGACCUGCCAACAAUACAUUGACCGAUUGGUGAUCUGGGAUGGCCCACAGGAGAGUGGCAAGUCAGUGUUUCUCCGGGAGGCGUCGGAUGGCGGUAUUAUCGGAGCUGGUGUCUUAGCUGGUAUGCUUACUGGAAACAGAUGACCAGAGAAGUGAUGGGCGUGGUGAUGCCAGAAAAGCGGGCGUGUCAGGAGCUUUUGAGAGGUUCCGUGAGCCGAAAAAACGUUCGGAAGCGUGACAGGCUAAAUGCACAUGAACUGGUGAAUUGUGUGGUUAGGGAUACCAGAUGGAGUUUCCACCCUUUGUUUCCUCCCUACUUUCAUUUCUUCUUUCCUUCCUGCGUACGCCUAUUCCCCUCACUUUCCUAUCUCUAAAGGUUGGUAAAACCGUGAAAGGCCUACUAAAACUGCUUCGUCUUGCCAUUGGUUAUUUGUUGAUCUUUGAUUGAUAACUGCAUAAAAGUUGCGAGACCUCUGGUGUUUUGUUCACCUUUUUUUUUUUUUUUUUUAAUUUUCUCAGUUCUGGCGCUUCUAUUUAUUAAUCACGUUUUUCUCUAUGGCGCCGGUGCGUGUAACCCAACAAGCUUCUACAAGCUCCUCGUUCUAUUUCUCACUCUCCUUUGCCCCUUUCCCCUUGCCCUUUCGGGCCUUUGUCCCUCCUUUUAUGUCCAUUUAUCGUUUCAUUUCUUCCAUUCUGGCGAAGUUUUAUUUUUUCUGUAUGCAUGUGUCCAUGAACACUUCGGCGACUGACAUAGAUACCGCAUUUCUAUCUUAUUGUUUAAAUUGUUUGAUAUCUGUGAUCGGGCCCUGGGGAAUUGGAGUUUAAUCAAGCAUGAUUAAAAAUGACAAAGUUCCUGAAAUAUUCCGGCCGCACGACCAAUUUAUCUGACAGAAAGGGAACUGCUGCAGCAGCAGCAUGCAUCGGACGGUCUAAAAUUAGAAAGUUAGCCUCUCAAGCACACACAAAUGGACCCUAGGUCCGGCCCAUUUUGUUUUACAGCUUGGAUAUUUUGGACGAUAGGUCGGUACUUGUUCAUGCACAUGUAGGAGGAGGAUAUGGAUUCGUACGUAGCAUCCUCAGGCUCUAAAAAUCUUCAAGGGCGGUCCAGCCUUGCGUGGCCCCUAACAUAUUUUGUCCAAUAGAGAUUUUUUACGAGGUGAGGGGAUGGCUCGUAAAGAUAGAUCAGCAGUUCGGUUUGAUAACUAGGAUCAAUUCCUUUAGAUGGCCGAUGAUAAGCGAUAAUCUACUAUAUCUUAUUCUAAGUUUCUAUAUCAUCUGAGUUGAAUUGUUGAAGAUAUUCAUGUUUUUCAAGAAGUAUUUUUGUGAUGAUAUUUUGUCAGUUUGUAUCACGUUAGUUAAAUAAUUCCACUAUAUAUAUCACAAUAUCUACAUCUCAGCCUAAAUGAACUAUUAAGCUCAA